AUGGAGGCGGAGGAAAACUCAGAGCGAGAGGCUUUCCCACAGAUGGAGAACUUGGAGCCUGAACAAAUUGACGGCGAAAGGUGUAUGAACGAUGUGCUCCAGGCAAAUGAUGAUGUACUACGAAGGCACUCCAUACACCAUUGCUUCCAAGGGGAGUUGGAAGCAAUUUCCCCCAAACCGGAAUCCCUUCGGUUUAGAACAGACACUGAUGGCAUUACGCUUGAGCUGUCCUCCCUACUUGCCCUCCGCCCUCCAUCAGAUGUGUUUAUCGCAACAAAGUGGUGGAAACAUAAAUGUUACAGAAAACUGAUAGACAAGAUGUCUCCGCUGUGGCAAUGCGGGUCAGCAGAACUCCGUGAGUAUAGAAAACACGUUCCUGGCCUUUUCCUCUGCUCGUCCUUGUCGGGAACAAACGUAUUGUUGUGCGCAGGUUUAAAGGAAAAUGCAGACCCACAGACCACGGCAACUUUUUUCGAGGAUCUUGGCACCACUACUUUGGGGCAAUGGUUCUGCCAGCGUGUCGAUAACUUGCUGAGACGAACAUGGGACGAGCUGCGCUUGGUAGCGCCCGAAUCGCACACUCUCCUCAACAACAUGGUCGGACUGAAACUUAGUACGGGUACUCCUCUCAGAGUGUAUAGAUCUGACUGGAUACAUUUCGCCACAGCCUUUGACAAUGCCACGGGGCAUUACGCCUCCAUUGACGGAGAAGCGUGCCCAUUCGAAGUGAAAAUACUUAUCGAAUGUUUUGGACAGAAGAUGAGCCACAGCACCACCACCGACGCUUCUCAGUUGGACGAAGACGGAGUGUCACCGGAUGUAGAUCCACUAAAGACUCUUGUCGACUUGAGGUUGCGAAGAGAGUUCGUAGAAAGAUGCGCAGUGCACAUAGGCGUGUCUGUCGGUCUCCAAGAUCCCGACGUGUCCACACUGUGGCACCGAAAUUUGCGCUACCGGCUGUUUCCUCACGAUUGGCAGAUGUAUAGCGUCAUGGGCAUGGAUUCGGUAGCCAACAUUACUACUCGUAAGGACAGAAAACCUACAGCAGUACUGAACUGUACCUUGGUAAACGACACGUUCGAUCUCACUUUUGCUCAAGCAUAUAACCCAAUAUCUACUAAAAUGUCGGGUGGUUGGGAGGACCGGUUGACAAAUGGCCUUCCCGUCACGCUAGCAGCCGCCUCGGGUGUGGCGAUCCGCAAGGCUACAAAAUCCACACAAGACUUUGUGAAAUCAGCCAUAGACGGAACGAUACAGGGAUGUCUUCAUGAGAUUGUGAAGGACGUAAAUCCACAUGUGCUUGCUCGUUUCGAAGUAGUACUGACGUGUGAAGGAGAAAACCUCUCGGAGGAACGUACAAACGAACAGGUGAAACAUCUUGUGGCUGCACUUCGGCAGGAACUGUCCGGCACCAUUCCAGUUGUCAUACCUGUCCAUUCAAACGUCCUACGUGAGUAUGCAUCUGACAUCCUGACCCAAUUGGCCAAGCCGAUUCAUGUCGCGAAUGUGGGUACCACCCAAUGGCACUCCCGCAAUGACGUCGUCACUAUAGCAAUCUGUGAAGUCCUUCUCCGCCUCCUGUUGGUUGGACGAGUGGAAGCGCGUGAGAGAGCAUAUCUACAUAGUCUUGGGAUCAAUCCAGAAAGACCCUGGGAGGGAUUCUGCUCCCUGACCGAGCCCGACGCCACCGCGGGAUGGAAGUUGAAAGAAGAAGCCUUCAAUACAUGGGCGAGAGAGGCCGUGUUGACCGCGCCGCCAUGGUAUCUACCCUCCUACAAUGACAGCGCAAUGUUUCGGAGAAUGCACGAGACAAUACUCCUCCUCAGGCUAUCCACGUACAACGAACAAGGGGGCAGGGUGACUGGUGAGACAAUGGCAGAGAUAUACUGGAAGCACGUCAAGAAAGAGUUGACGGCGAUUAUGCUGUCCAGGAAUAUGCGGGUGUUGACAACAGCAGACGGGGGUGAUGCUCUCUUCGAUGGCACGAUAGAAGGGCGGGGUGUAAGAGUGACGGGAAAAAUCAAAGUAGAACAUUUAGCAAACAUGCUUUGUGAUGUCGAAACGCGCAACCUACCAAGGUUUUGCACAUGCGAAGCAGUGAUUGGCGAGAUAUCACGACUAGGAAUCUCAACGGACACUCUCAGACAACACUUACUAGAGGUGAUUCGGGCAGACGCCGAGUUGAGCACAUUUCCCUAUGUACAGAAACGCACCCUCAACACCAUUAAAGCCGGCUUGUUGAUACGGGUUCAAGGAGGUGAACACGUCAAUCGUGAUGUUUGCCUCCGAGCCCACUCCAUAGUGUCAGGGGACUUUGGUGCUCGGGUGCGUCAGGGGGAUCUUGGUCACUUGGUUUCUUGGGUUAUUCUGGUUAUCAACAGACUGGAAAGCGUUUGUAACGAGAACACAACAGCACUAACAAACUGUCUGGCCUAUGUAUCCGCUCUUGUCCUCCAACAGAGGGGUUUCCAACUCGACAUAUCAGCUGUCAAAGCUUUCAGGACCACCAGGAAGAUACCAGUCAGAAAACUACAACAGGCACGAAUACUCUCUGAUGGAAUGGAGGGUCGGCUUAACAGGCUCCACGAAGACAUCUUGACAAUAGCACAAAGGAGGCAUCGACGUCGUCCCGCUAUGGCCGAGCGACGCUCGUCGACAUCUUCUCUAAGCAGCGAUGAAACUAUCGUCGGGCAAUAUAUCAACGGCUCAAGGUCAAGGAGGCUAAUCUUUACGGACGAGGACUAA